AUGGCUGGUCUUGGUUUAGGCUUAGUUGGAGAGGAAGCUGCUUUAGGAUGUCCAAGAUCGAGAGAUAAUUGUGAGCUUAAGCUUAGGUCUCCAAAUCUAGAAGCUCCAAAUAUUACGUGCCCUGACAAUAUUACCGUCGAAACGGAUCCUGGAAAUACAGCAGCAUUGGUCGACUGGAUGGUUCCUUUACCGACAGACAAUGUAGAACUUACCAAAUCAAGUCCUGUGGCGGAUCCUGAUAGACAGCCUCCGACUGCGAUCGCUAUUACUCUGGAAUCUCCUCAAACAUACACUGCUAGAGACACAGCAGGAAACAGUGCUUCAUGUACAUUUUUUAUCACAGUUGAAGGAGAUAUAGACAAAGAACCUCCUCUAAUAGCUAACUGCCCAUUGGAUAUGAAUCUUUCAACAAGUGCGGGCGUAAACUACACUGUUGCUGAAUGGACUGAACCUACAGUGACCGACGAUGCGGGGACACCUAACCUAACUUCAACGCAUUCAGUCGGCAGCGAAUUUUAUAUUGGCAAAACAGUUGUGAUAUACACAGCUGUAGACAGCUUUGACAAUACUGCCACUUGCAAAUUUACAAUUUGUGUACAAGAUAAAGAGAAACCAAAUCUUGUCUGCCCAAACAAAGUUCUUACCGAUCAACCUGACAGCGUUAAUUGGCGUAUUCCAAAACCAGAGGAUAAUUCUGGACUAGAAGUAACAUUGAAAGCUUCUGCUUCCCCCGAUGGUACAUGGGAAGUGGGUGAACAUUCUGUUACUUAUAAUGCCACUGAUGUAUAUGGAAAUUUGGCCACAUGUUCGUUUAUGGUUUCUGUAAUAGAUGCUUGCGUUGGUGGAGAAAAAAAUUGUGAAAAUGGCGGUAUUUGUUCAGCUAAUGAUUUUAAAUGCGUGUGUCCAAAUUUUUAUUCUGGUGAAUUAUGUGAAAAUGAACCAG